AUGCCGCACGACGACGCGCGUGCGCGCGCUGCUCCUUCCGCUGGUCCCUUACUCGCCGGCGCCGCGGCCGUCGUCGUGCUGGUCUACCUGCCGCUCCUCGCCGUCGCGGGUGGGGUUCCCCACGCCCACGCUGGAGCGGCCGCGCAGACGACGACGGCGACGGUGCCGGUCCACGUCGGGGUGAUACUGGACCUUGGCACCGGGCUGGGGAAGAAGAGCCUGCUGAGCCUGGAGAUGGCGCUGGAGGAUUUCUACGCCGCGCACCCGGCCGCCACCACCAGGGUGCGGCUCCACGUCAAGGACUCCGAACGUGACGUCGUCACCGCCGCCGCCGCAGCAGUAGAUCUCAUUCGUAAUGACAAGGUCAGCGUUAUCAUUGGCCCUCAAAGCACUUUACAAGCUGAGUUUGUUACGUAUCUAGCGAACAAGACCAAGGUUCCUGUCAUUAGUUUCUCAACAACGGGUGAUGCGGCCACUCAGUAUAAUGUCCCCUACUUCCUUCGAGCUUGUGCCAAGGACUCCUUCCAGGCUGCUUCAAUUGCCGCCUUUGUUGAGGUCUAUGGCUGGAAAAACAUUGUUGUUGUCUAUGAAGACGACAACUAUGGUGUGGGUAUUCUCCCCUCAAUUGCUAAUGCACUUCAAGAUGUUGAGGCACAUAUCGUUUACCGUGCAGCCAUCCCCGCUUCUUGCCCUGAUUAUCGCAUUGAUGAGGAACUAUACAAGCUCAUGACCAUGCAGACACGUGUCUUCAUCGUUCAUAUGUUGCCAGGCCCUGCUUCCCAUUUCUUUGCACGGGCUUCAGCAGCUGGUAUGAUGAUAGAGGGAUAUGUGUGGAUUGUCACGGACAAUGUUGGUGUCGUCCUUGAUGUACUUCCCCAACAUACUAUUGAAAACAUGCAGGGUAUUGUCAGUUUUCGGCCAUAUGUGGCAAAGUCUGCAGGGAUUAUUGAUUUUGUGAGUCGAUUUGAUGCACUAUUCAGAGCUAAGUACCGACAGGCUCAUGAUGUAAGGACUACAAGACCCACUGUCUACCAAUACUGGGCGUAUGAUGUGGCAUGGGCAGUUGCAACUGCAGUUGAGGACACUAAGAGGGUUGGGUUCUCAAAUAUAGGUUUUCAGACACCACAGGAUGUGGGCAAGAACUUAGUAAAUGGUCUCCUGGCCUCUCCUGUUGGGCCAGAACUCCUUAGUUCCAUUUUGGAAGCAAACUUUAAUGGUUUGGCUGGGAGAUUCAGGUUCGUUGAUGGGCAUACGCAGGUUCCCAUUUAUGAGGUUGUUAAUUUGGUAGGAGAAAAAGCAAGAGGCAUUGGAUUUUGGAGCCCUGGUUCAGGGCUGUCGAGGCUUUUAGAGUCGAGCCCUGUCGGAGACCAGGUUAAAUCUUCAAGCGCUGGUGAAGUUCUAAAACCUGUCAUUUGGCCAGGAGAUUCAACCAUAGUGCCUAAAGGUUGGGACUUCCCAGUAAAUGCAAAGAUACUCAGGAUUGGCGUACCUGUGAGACGUGAGUUCAAAUUUUUUGUGAAUGUUGAGGCUAAUCAUAAUACCAACGGAUCAAGUGUUAGUGGUUACAGCAUUGAUGUCUUCGAGGCUGCUGUGAAUAGACUUCCAUAUGCUCUGCGCUAUGAGUACAUUCCCUAUGAUUGUGCCAAUUCUUAUGACCAGUUGAUAUCCCAGGUGUACUUCAAGAAGUUUGAUGCAGCAGUGGGUGACGUGACAAUUAUUGCCAAUCGAUCUAGAUAUGUCGACUUCACGAUGCCAUAUACAGAGUCUGGUGUCGCAAUGCUUGUCUUAGCUAAGAAUGAUGGUAAAGCAACCAUGUGGAUCUUCUUAGAGCCUCUAACAAAGGAGCUCUGGAUUGCCACUAUGGUAUUUAUCUUCUUCACCGGUCUUGUUGUGUGGACGAUUGAACAUCCUACAAAUGAUAAAUUCAAUGGAUCAAGAUGGAAACAGUUCAGCACAGCAUUCUACUUUACUUUCUCCACUUUGACCUUUUCUCAUGAUCAAAUUCUCAAGAAACUUCAUUCAAAAGUUGUGGUGGUGAUUUGGUGCUUUGUGGUGCUUGUAUUGGUGCAGAGCUAUACAGCAAGCUUGUCAUCCUUGCUUACUGCAAAGAGGCUCCAACCUUCGGUGACUGAUCCGAUGCAACUCUUGCGCAAUGGAGAUUAUGUUGGGUACCAGAAUGGAUCAUUUGUGUAUGCGACGCUUAAGAGACUCAAGUUUGAUGCGCAAAAGAUAAAGGUCCUGAGCACACUUGAGGAAUAUGCGAAAGCAUUGAGGACGGGAUCAAAGCAUGGAGGGGUGUCAGCCAUCUUUGAUGAGAUCCCCUAUAUAAAUUCUUUCCUCACACAGUACGGAAAAGAGUUCCAAAUAGUUGGCCCCAUCGACAGGACUGAUGGAUUUGGUUUUGUUUUCCCUAGAGGCUCCCCGUUGGUGCCCGAUCUGUCAAGGGCCAUCUUGAACAUAACUGAGGGGUGUGAAGGAUUUCAGAUUCAAAAGAAAUGGUUUCGGGAUACAGCUCCUUCCCAUGAUUAUGACAAUCCCGAUACUGAUUCCGUACGUCUAGGUUUAGAGAGCUUCAAAGGUCUCUUCAUUGUCAAUGGACUCACCCUAUGUGCCAUGCUGGUAAUAAACUUCAUGCAUACCAAUUGCACUGAGCCGAGAAACUGUAGUCUACACUGGGUUCAUAGCAGUAGAGAAAUUGCUACUGACAAUGACGACUCACAGCAGGGACAGCAGUUGCAGAACAAUGACGCUGCCCUUCCUGAGCCUCUUCAGGUUGAGAGGGGGACCAACUAG